AUGUUCUCACCUCGGUCUGUGUUUUGCAGUUUGGGAGAUCAGUUUUACCGCGAGGCCAUCGAGCACUGCCGCAGCUACAACGCUCGGCUGUGUGCGGAGCGGAGCGUGCGGAUGCCCUUCCUGGACUCACAGACAGGGGUCGCUCAAAACAACUGCUACAUCUGGAUGGAGAAGCAGCAGCGCCGGCCGGGUCGCGCCGCGGGGCAGAUGUACACGUAUCCCGCUCGUUGCUGGAGGAAGAAGAGGCGACUGCACCCUCCUCUGGACCCUCAGCUCCGUCUGUGUGAGCUCAGACUCGAGGCAGAAUUGGCCCCUAAGCGUGAGGGACCCCCGGGUGAAGCCACAGCUCUGGAGGCCCUGCUGAGAGGGGACAGUCUGCUGGAGAAGAAGAACCUGAACAAAGACGAAGAGACGCUGUUGGAGAUACAGAGAGUUUUAGAAGCAGAGGAAAAUGGUGAUGCGUUCCAGGACGACGAGGACUUUGACGUGGACACUCCCAAGAGAAAGAACCGGACCAGAGGCAAAAACAGAGGAGCAAGUCGGCGGAGAGCUGAGGCUGUGAACAACGAAGACCUGGAUAAACCCUACGUCUGCGACAAUAGAUACAAACAAAAGCAUAACUCAAAAAGGGCUGAAGAAGUCUGUGGGAAGCGCUACAAGAACCGUCCAGGCCUGAGCUACCACUACACCCACACUCACCUGGCCGAGGAGGAGGGAGAGGAAGAGAAGGAGCCGGAGAUCACACCGUCCCCACCGCCGCCUCCAGACACCCACAAACCUCAGAAAGCCCCGGACGGCUCCAUCAUCCCCAACGAUUACUGCGACUUCUGUUUGGGCGACCAGGACUCUAACAGGAAGACGGGGCAGGCUGAGGAGCUGGUGUCCUGCUCUGACUGCGGCCGCUCCGGCCACCCGUCCUGUCUGCAGUUCACAGAGAACAUGAUGCAGGCCGUGAGGACGUAUCAGUGGCAGUGCAUCGAGUGCAAGUCCUGCUCCCUGUGCGGCACCUCCGAGAACGAUGACCAGCUGUUGUUCUGUGACGACUGUGACAGAGGAUACCACAUGUACUGCCUGAAGCCUCCCAUGACCCAGCCCCCAGAAGGGAGCUGGAGCUGCCACUUGUGUCUGGACCUGUUGAAGGACAAGGCCUCUGCGUUCGGGGAAGUGUGA